UUCUCGAUGGCUCUCACGCCGUACGAAAGGGAGACGCUUCUGUUUGUGUUUCAGGCCUUCGUCCGAGCCUGCAACAAACACAAUGUUCUGUAUUUCCUCUACGGGGGCACGUUACUUGGAUCAGUGCGACACCAUGACAUCAUCCCCUGGGAUGACGAUAUUGACGUCAUCCUCAAUGAAUUGGACAAACCAAAACUGCUUCAAGCUCUGAAUGAGUCGGUCGGAGAUUUCAGAGCCUACCUCAAUCACUAUGGUGUUGUCAAGUUCUAUUGGCUGAAAGGUAAACCAAUCAGAGACCUGCCCUACCUAUGGCCAUUCAUCGACAUAUUCUUCUACACUGAAAACACAACACACAUUUAUGAUGCGUUGAUUGAAUUUUCAGAGUUCUCUUACCGUAAGACUUCUGUUUUCCCGCUGUGUCAUCGACCUUUUGCCGGGUCUUUGCUUCCGGUUCCGCGAUUCUCUCUAUCAACGGUGCUGAAAACGUAUUCGCUCAGCCAGUGUGCUUCUCUGAGCUACAGACAUAAAUUUGAAAGCAGCAUUUCGCACGUUCACAAAGUCCCAUGUGACCAGCUGCACCAAGUGUACCCGUUCACCCGUCGCACGGUCAAACAUGGCUUGUCGAAAGAGUUGCUGGUUAAAGAUGGGCAAACCCUCAGUGAGUUCAACGUGCCUGAAACAUGU